AUGGUUGCGAUCCAUCUUCCACUUAUUCUUACUGCUGCUGCCGCCCAGCGACAUUAUAGUGUUAUCAUUCUGGGUGGUGGCAUAACGGGUAUUAUUGCUGCCCGUGAACUGCACAGAGGAAGCAUAUCCGACUUCCUCAUCGUUGAUGCUCAAGACUCACUUGGCGGUCGGCUUCGAAAUGUGCAAGUAGGAGGGUACACUGUUGAAGUCGGGCCCAAUUGGAUAGAAGGAGUUCAUUCGGAUAGGGGGCGCACGAAUCCUAUAUAUGAACUAGCUCAGAAACAUGGGCUCAGGAUGGUAUAUAAUAACUGGACAGACGUGGCGUUCUACGACCAGCAUGGACGAAAUACCAAGGAAUUCCCUAAAAGUUUCGCUCGCGCUGUCAAGCAAAAAGCUGUUCUAGUCAGUUCCGCUGGCGAGCGAAUCGCCAGGGGGAAGGUUGACCUGACUGCUCGGUCCGGCUUAAGGCUUUCGAGCCAGAACGUUGCUCAAAGUCAGUACGACAAAGCAUCCGAGUACUUCACGUAUGAUUGGGAAUACGGCCAACGUCCAGAUGAAUCAUCGUGGAUUGCUACGAGUCUCAACUAUAACGGCACGUUUGAUCCAGUUUAUGGGUUUGGUGACUCAGAUCUCAUGUGUAUAGAUCAAGAGGACAGAAUUACCAGCCAGACGGCCAGAUUAGGUUUCAGAAAGUUCAUUGUGAAGGAAGCAGAGCUUUUCCUUCAGCCGCCCCAAAUACUACUGAAUACCAUUGUGAAAACUAUUGACUACACAGAUUCUGGAGUUUCUGUUUUCACGAGGGAUGGACACAAGCUCACUGCCGACCACGUUCUCGUCACAUUCUCUGUCGGGGUCUUGCAGUACAACGACGUCGUUUUCCACCCUCCGCUUCCUUAUUGGAAACGUGAAGCUGUGUUAUCCAUGCGAAUGGCGACGUAUACAAAGAUAUUUCUAGCAUUUGACCGCAAGUGGUGGGACAAUUCGGAGAUGGGACUGUAUGCUGAUCCACAUCGUCGUGGAUAUUAUCCUGUAUGGCAAUCUCUUGAUCAUGAGCGUUUUUUGCCAGGAAGUCAUAUAUACUUUGUUACUGUGACGGGCGAUGAAAGCGAGCGAAUCGAGACUAUGACCGACAAUGAAGUCAAAUGCGAAAUCAUGGGGGUCUUGCGUUCCAUGUAUCCAGUGGUGUACAUUCCUGAGCCUACAUCAAUCUUCUUCAACAGAUGGUUUUCAGACCCAUUAUUCCGUGGUUCAUACUCGAAUUGGCCUGCAAGCUUUUACGUUGAACACAUGAAUAAUCUUCGUGGGUCGCUGGCUGCUACUGUACACUUUGCCGGAGAAGCUACGUCUGGAGAUUACUAUGGGUAUAUGCAUGGCGCUUACUAUGAGGGAGAGGCGCGUGGAAAGGCUAUCGCAAAGUGCAUAGUCCAUGACGAUUGCAGCGAUAUACCCGUCGGAAAGGACUUUGACGAGUUGAAUAUGAAGUUCACUCCUUCAAUGACCACCUAA